GGAGCUAGGGUCUCACUCACCGUGCGUAGUGCGUACCUUCGUAAUCCAUAGCUGCCUCUACAGCUCCACAUCACCGCCGCAUAACAACAACCUCUUUGUCGGCGUCAUUCACCACCAUCACUCUUGCACCGACCCACUCAUCUCUAUCACCCCUACACCGCGUAACUUCGCUCUCACAACACCGCCACCAUGUCCACACUCGAAGAUCUCGACGACCUUGAGCGCCACGAGAAGGAAGAGAAGAAGGACGAUGACAAGAAAGACGGAGGCAAGGACGGGAAGAAGGCUGAUGGCGAUGCAGAGAUGCAGGAUGCGGAACCCGAGGAAGAGCAGCUCGACGAGGAGAUCCUGAACUCAAGCACACGAGACAUCGUCGCGCGCAGACGGUUACUGGAGAACGACAUGCGCAUCAUGAAGAGCGAGUUCCAACGGCUCACACACGAGAAGGCUUCUAUGAACGAGAAGAUCAAGGACAACCUAGAGAAGAUCGAGAACAACAGGCAACUACCAUACCUUGUCGGAAACGUUGUCGAGAUUCUUGAUCUGGACGUCACCGAGGAGGCGGCUGAGGAGGGAGCAAACAUUGACCUAGACGCCACCCGUGUCGGCAAGUCGGCAGUCAUCAAGACCUCAACGCGACAAACCAUCUUCUUGCCUCUCAUCGGACUAGUAGACCAUGAGAAGCUCAAGCCCGGUGACCUCAUUGGUGUGAACAAGGACUCAUAUCUCGUUCUCGACACUCUGCCCGCAGAGUACGACAGUCGUGUGAAGGCUAUGGAGGUCGAUGAGAAGCCAACUGAGAAGUACACCGACGUUGGAGGUCUGGACAAGCAGAUUGAAGAGCUCGUAGAGGCUGUAGUAUGGCCCAUGAAGGAGGCUGAGCGUUUCAAGAAGAUUGGCAUCAAGGCGCCGAAGGGUGCACUGAUGUACGGUCCCCCCGGAACCGGAAAGACCCUUCUCGCCCGAGCCUGCGCUGCCCAAACCGACGCCACAUUCCUCAAGCUCGCCGGCCCACAGCUCGUACAAAUGUUCAUUGGAGAUGGUGCAAAGUUGGUCCGUGACUGCUUCGCUCUGGCGAAAGAGAAGGCACCCUCGAUCAUCUUCAUCGACGAAUUGGAUGCCGUUGGUACAAAGCGUUUCGAUUCCGAGAAGUCCGGAGACAGGGAAGUGCAGCGAACCAUGUUGGAGCUGCUGAACCAGCUGGACGGUUUCGCUUCCGAUGACCGUGUCAAGGUUCUCGCUGCGACGAAUCGAGUCGAUGUCUUGGACCCCGCUCUGCUCCGUUCUGGACGUCUGGACAGGAAGAUCGAGUUUCCGCUACCCAACGAGGAGGCCCGCGCACAGAUCAUGCGCAUCCACUCGCGGAAGAUGACUGUUGACGACGCUGUCAACUGGCAAGAGUUGGCUCGCAGCACUGACGAGUUUGGUGGUGCGCAGUUGAAGGCUGUGUGUGUUGAGGCUGGUAUGAUUGCUCUCCGGACUGGUCACCAGAAGAUCAGCCACGAGCAUUACGUCGAUGCUAUCGCUGAGGUACAGGCAAAGAAGAAGGACACCGUCAAUUUCUACGCCUAAGGUGUAGUUGUGUGGUGGUGUAGUCGCUUGCAUGCGUGCACUCUCAUGCCGGGCUUGUAAUAAUACUUAGACCUUCAGCAUAGUACCAUAGCGGAAAUGACGAUUAUGAACAGCAAGGGUUGGGUUUCAGUUAUGUAUUGUGUGAGUUGAUUCAAAGAUGGCAUGGACAUCACAGUCUGUGGAGAUAUCUGGGCUCUCUACAGUACGUCACCCCAAUACUGAUACGGAUAAUGGUUAAGUCGGGUUCAGGCAAGACGUCACUACCUGCAGGUGUUCAGAAACCUGAGAAACGAAGGCGGAUGUUUCCAAUGCCGGCCUAGAUGAC